GCUGUUAACACUACUCACACUGGGCGCUGUCUCUCGGUUAGUUCAUCGUGGUUAUUGAUCGGUAAAUCCCACAUACAUCAGCAGCGGCAGAAAACUCGGUAAACACCAGGAGUAUUGAUAGUCAAUCAACAGAAUGAGGAGCAACAGGCAGAAUCAGGAACCGAAGCCCCGGGAUAUAGAUAGAACACAGCCAGAAUGACCCUGAGAUCACAAUGGAGUGAGAGGUUGCCAGGGUGAUGGAGUUCCAAGCAGAGAGCUUGGUAACGGUGUUCUUUACAGCUCUCAUCGUCUGCUUCAACACCCUCACCCUCCUGGUCAUUGUGUGGACAGAAUCCAUUCGGAACAUCAACAAAAUCUACUUUGCCUCUUUGACAGUGUCAGACCUUUGUGUUGGUGUGUUUAUCACACCAUUUGCAGUCUUCAGCUCUUUCAGCAACUCCUGGAUUGUCAAUGAUGAGAAAUUCUGCCACAUUGAGGCUUACCUUCUGGUAAUUUUCUUCAUUGCAGGUUUGUAUUCCUUAGCAUGGAUCAACGUGGACCAUUAUCUUGCCAUCAGAAAACCACAACGACACAAAGUUGCCAUGACAACUGCCCGUUCCCUGUGUUGGAUCAUAUUUGUGUGGAUUGGAGCUGUCAGUUUCUGCAGCCCCACAUUGUUCUCUUUCAAGAAACAAGCAAAGUAUUAUGAGGAGGUUUUUCUGUGUUCCAUAAAUGCUGGUUCUCACAAGCCAUACUUUGUAACAGCUGGUAUACUGGUCAUCUUGCCUGCUUUCUUUGCAUUGGUGUCCACCAAUGCAUACCUUUUUACAAAGUCAUUCCGCAAGAAGAGACAUAUGUAUCAAACCAUUUUGAUAGAUACAGCCUCACGACCAAAUAACUAUUUCAUGAACUUUAUCAUUUCCAUGAUUUUUCUGAUUGCAUGGAUUCCAUGGUUAGUACUGCAGAUAUAUGGUGAAUGUAUAGAAAAUAUUUCCGAUUAUCCACACUCGGUGCAUUUUUAUUUGUUAUGGUUUGGAAUUGGAAAUUCCUUUUACAAAUUUUUUGUGUAUUUGGUUUGGAGUCGUGAUUUUCGACGUGGUCUCCGACAACUCUGUUGUCAUAACGAUUGUCGGUGCCCAGAAUGCUCAAUGCCACAAAGUGCAAGUUUAAACUUUGUUACAGCAACUGCAGGAAAAUAAUGUCUGCAUUAAAAUGUGACAAUCCCCUA